CUGCUUCAAGUAUCGGUCUCCUAUUCACGCCGCUACGCCACUCCCUUCCAUUCCUACCUGCACCCUCGACCUCCAGCCCCGCAUUCUCCGAUAUUUCUCGACCCUUUCUCACGACUUGCACAAUCGGUUCACGGCUCACUUUUACAUCAUCAUGGCGCAAUCCGGUUAUUCAAACCCUUUGAAGAAGUUCAAGCUCGUGUUUCUGGGAGAGCAAAGUGUGGGGAAAACAUCUCUAAUCACACGGUUCAUGUACGAUUCAUUCGACAACCAAUACCAGGCGACAAUUGGCAUCGACUUUCUGUCAAAGACUAUGUACCUUGAGGACCGAACCGUCAGGCUUCAACUUUGGGACACUGCUGGCCAAGAACGAUUCCGCUCUCUCAUUCCUUCCUACAUUCGAGACUCUUCCGUCGCCGUUGUUGUCUACGACAUUACCAACAAGAAGACCUUUGAGAACACACGCAAAUGGGUGGACGAUGUACGUGGCGAGCGGGGCAACGAUGUCAUCAUUGUGUUAGUGGGGAAUAAGACGGAUUUGAACGACAAAAGGGAGGUCACGACACAGCAGGGCGAGGAGGAAGCGAAGAAGAACAACUUGAUGUUCAUCGAGACAAGUGCAAAGGUGGGGCACAAUGUGAAGACACUGUUCAAGAGGAUCGCGCAAGCGCUACCCGGAAUGGAGGGGGAGGGGCAGCAGGGGCAAAGCCAGAUGAUCGAUGUCAACAUCAACCCCAGUCAACCUCAGGAGAACAACAACUGUGCAUGCUAGGUGUGAUCAAUUCCAUAUUCAGGAGCGUUUGCCCUUCGCUUAGACUUUGUAAUUACUUGGGUACUUUUGCGACUUGGUGGGAUGACUUUGUGAGCAAGGCGUUAGGGCAUCAAGCAUGCAUGCAGCAGCAGCACGACUUCCCCACAU